UUUAAUUUGAAUUAGCCCCAAAACCCCAUGGGAUGCAUAAAUGGGGUAGUAGAGAAACUACCCCACAUGUUCAUAUGGAUUUAUUUGUGUCUGACCUGUGACAGAAUAUUCCAAGCUUGAUUGGUCUGAUCAGCCACAAUCAGACAAGCUGUAACUUGACUCUAACAUAGUGAUGUCAUUUUGGUUCUCUUCUAGAAUGAAGGACAAAAAGCUAACCAUUUGCUGAAUAUACAAAGAAAAAAGAAAAAAAAACAGAUUUAGAAAAAGGGUCUCAACAGUUUUUCAGAAAGGGAGUUUUUCCUCCAAGAACUAUUUUAGUGGCAUCCCUAAAUUCUGGGCCGAGGCUUCUGCCGCUGGGUGAGGACGAUGGCCCUGCUGCUCUUCCGGGCCUCCAGGAGGUGGGGCCUGCCUCCCCCGGCGGGGCUGGUGAAGCUCCCCCGCCGGGCCACGUCGAGUGACGGGAAGAGAGACUCGUACAGCUACGUGAUCGUGGGGGCCGGCUCCGCGGGCUGCGUCCUGAGCCACCGGCUCUCCGAGGACCCCGACAACUCGGUGCUGGUCCUGGAGGCCGGGCCCAGAGACGUGUGGCUGGGCAGCAAGCGGCUCCUGUGGAAGAUCCACAUGCCCGCGGCCCUGGUCUCGAACCUCUGCGACGACAAGUACAACUGGUACUACCACACCACCCCCCAGAAGGGCCUGAACCUGCGCACGCUGUACUGGCCCCGGGGCCGCGUCUGGGGGGGCUCGUCCUCCCUCAACGCCAUGGUCUACAUCCGCGGGCACGCAGAGGACUACAACCGCUGGCAGCGCGAGGGGGCCGAGGGCUGGGACUACGAGCACUGCCUGCCCUACUUCCGCCGAGCCCAGAACCACGAGCUGGGCCCGGACCGGUACCGGGGCGGGGAGGGCCCCCUGCGGGUGUCCAGGGGCAAGAGCGACCACCCCCUGCACCACGCCUUUCUGGAGGCUGCCCAGCAGGCCGGCUACCCCAUCACCGAGGACAUGAACGGUUUCCAGCAGGAAGGCUUUGGCUGGAUGGAUAUGACCAUCUACAAAGGCCAGCGGUGGAGUGCGGCCAGUGCCUACCUCCGGCCCGCCCUGUCUCGACCCAAUUUGACGGCAGAAUCCAGAACCUUUGUGACCAAAAUUCUGUUUGAUAGGACCCGAGCUAUCGGUGUGGAGUACGUGAAGAAUGGCCUGAAGAGGAAGGUUUAUGCGAGCAAAGAGGUGAUUCUGAGCGGAGGAGCCAUCAAUUCUCCCCAGCUGCUCAUGCUGUCUGGAAUCGGGAAUGCCGACGACCUCAGAAAGCUCGGGAUCCCUGUUCUUUGUAACCUUCCCGGUGUGGGCCAGAACCUGCAGGACCAUCUGGAAUUGUACAUCCAGCAGGAGUGCACUCAGCCCAUCACUCUGUACUCGUCCCAGAAGCCCCUUCGGAAAAUGCGCAUCGGGCUGGAGUGGCUCUGGAAGUUUUCAGGGGAGGGAGCCACUGCCCACCUUGAAACUGGCGGCUUCAUCCGGAGCCGUCCUGGGGUUCCUCACCCUGAUAUUCAGUUCCACUUCUUGCCUUCCCAAGUGAUCGACCACGGGCGCGUCCCGACCCAGCAGGAAGCUUACCAGGUACAUGUUGGGACCAUGCGGAGCCUGAGCAAGGGCUGGCUGAAGCUGAAAAGUGCCCACCCCAUGGACCACCCGAUCAUUGAGCCCAACUACAUGUCAGCAGGAGCAGACAUCGAGGAGUUCCGGCUCUCGGUGAAGUUAACCAGGGAGAUCUUUGCCCAGAAAGCUCUGGGGCCGUAUCGGGGCCGCGAGCUCCAGCCCGGCAUCCUCGUGCAGUCGGACGAGGACAUCGACGCCUUCGUCAGGGCCAAGGCCGACAGCGCCUACCACCCCUCCUGCACGUGUAAGAUGGGCUGGCCCUCGGACCCCACCGCGGUGGUGGAUCCCCAGACCAGAGUCAUCGGCGUGGAAAACCUGAGGGUGGUGGACGCCUCCAUAAUGCCCAGCGUGGUCAGCGGCAACCUCAACGCCCCCACCAUCAUGAUAGCAGAGAAGGCCUCGGACAUCAUCCGGGGGCUCCCGGCGCUCUGUGACCAGGGGGUUCCCGUCUACCAGCCCAAGACCUUGGAGACCCAGCGAUAAGCCCUCGCGUGGCCCGGGCAGGGGGGCCCAGGAGGCUGAGCUUGGAGAAGGUGGCCCACCCGUAGCCCACGCGACUCGCUGCCCAGAGCCGGAUUCUAGGACGACUUUGGACGGCCAGACCCGCCUUCUCCAGAGCAGACUGAGGGAAGCCCCGGGCCUUUUCUGGCCACCUCUUUUCUAAAAGAAAUCUCAUUUCACAAGAAUGACCGGAAGCAGACCCCAAGCAGUGACCGAGGCAGCUCGCGGCUUGAGGUCUGCCGGGACAAGCUACCUGGGAGGGUCACUCGCCAGCGAAAGCCUUUCGCUUUUAAAGCUUUCUGCCCGGUCAGAGGCUGUCUGGGGCAAGACACCGGGAUGUUCCGGGUGCCCCGGCAGGGACUCCUCUAGCUCUUGCUCACCUCGGUUCCCCCAGCCGGGCAGGGACGGCGGUUCCCAUCCCCGAGGAGCCGGCUUAGUCUCCGGGCUGAGGGGAUUACAGUCGGCACCUUCAUCUCCUGCCCCGGCCCCUCGUCUGGCGGCCGUGAGGGCCCAGAGCCCAGGGCAGGACCCGGCACGUGCCAGUGCACGUCAAAGACACUCCAUGUUGAUUGACUUGGAUGGAACGAUCCUAUGGAAGUGACGGCCCAGAGACUGUGACGUCUGACCUGAGGGGACCAAGCUCCUCGCCCUCAGCUUGUCUGGCAGCCUUGAAGACCCGGCUCUUCCCUUUCCCUCUGGUCUUGAGCAAUUUUUUUUCUCUCUGAGCCUGUUUUUUCAUCUGCAAAAGGGGGGGGGAGGGAGAUGACGACUUGCUCUCCAUCCCCCACCUGGGCAGAUUUGGGCGGGGAGGUACAAGGCAUGGGGGGUGUUUGAGGACCAAAUGAGACAUCCCAAAUGGGAUGCCCUCCAGCCGCCCCAGUAUUCCUUCUCCUGCUAGCCUAGUGUUUGAGGGGAGGAAAACAGCCCAGGCAUUGUCACAUUCAGGAACUCCCAGCUAGCCUUGGGAGCCAUGUACACACACACACACACACACACACACACACACACACACCCAGUGAGGGGCGAACCGAAGCCCACCCAAACCCCACAACAUCCAGCCUCGCCCUGAAGAGCCCCCCGUACCACAUGGCCAACCAGUUCCGGCUCUGGAGACCUCGACUCGCUGGGAGGUUUUAUCUUACACCGAGUGAGCCUUCAGCUCGUCCAUGACGUUGGUUUGCUCUUUGUCAGGCGUAGGUUGGAGUGAGUGACCCCGAGGGCUCCUUCCCUCUCUGAGCUGCGAGGGCCCCCUCCGGGCCACGCCUGGGACAGUCUGUGGGUACCUGGCUCCUUAGUGAAGAUCAGUCCUGGGCCCAGGAAAUCCCAGGCUUUGAACCCGGCAUGUCUUGGUCAGGAGUUGCGUAGGGGUUGGUGGGGUGGGGAGGGAGCCGAGCAUCCUGGGAUGGCUUGUCUCGAGUUCCACAGAACCUGCCCCAUGUGCCUCAGAACCGGAUGUCCGGAAACUUCCCUCCCCUGUCGGGUUAGGAUGCGAGUAUCUCCCCAGGCUAUUGGCAGCAGAACAUGGAGCUACUCGCCAUUAGGGAGGGAUCUCAUCUGGGAAUCUCUUAGAAUCCACAUGAUAUCACCAAAGCGUAUCAUGGGCUCUUAACAUGUGAACAGAUAAAACUGAAAAUCAAAUCAAAUGAAUAAAAUAGGAAUUGAUUAAGAUUUGAGUAUUUUUAAAUUUAAAAUAAAACAGUCCUGAUGAAAUUUUUAAACCAACUAAUUUAACGAUGUAAUUCUUAAUUUUGUGGUCAAAACUAGUCUUUAAUACCAGGUAAUAGGAAAUAACUUGAUUUUACUUACUAGAAAGUGGCCAAUCUGCUUAUGCUUAAGAAAGGUACCAUUACUAGAGAAGAGAAUAGCACUGGAUGAGAGCUGGAGAAGAAAAAUUGAGAAAUCGGGUCUUUUAAAUAAAAUAGAGAUGCUGAAUGGGUAGAGGGCAAGAGUUCACCAAGUUGGGCUUCAGUUGGAGAGAAUACAGAUAACUGGGGAAAGUUUGAUGAUCUACCUAACCAAAAUGCUUUUUGAUAACCUGAUCAUCUAAUUUAAUGUCAGAAAAUCUAAUUUAGGGGGAAGGAGAGCUUUGUUCUGAGUGAGCUUGGCAGUAAUCCCCACUUAGCAUGUUCCUGAAACAUCGUAGGCACUUAAAUGCUUGUUGGCAGAGUGAUGGCUCCUCAUUCACUUCCCUUGGGCCAUGAAGAUGCUGCUCCUCUGGCUGUGACAAAGUUUACAAAAGUAGGGACUUCACUCCCUCGCCCAUCACCACAGUUCUCGGGUUUUUUUUUUCUUUUCCCUGGAUAGGAACUGGAACUAUGUCUUGCCUUAAACAAUGAAUCUAAUAAAAAUGAUCGAUGCA